AUGGGCGAGACGUCUGCGGCGGACCUCAAUGUCAAGUUCAACCAGCUGCAGACGCGCAAGAAGCACCUGCGGUUCGCGCGCUCGCCGAUCCACGACUGGGGGCUGUACGCGAUGGAGCGGGUCUCAAGGGGCGAGAUGGUGAUCGAGUAUGUUGGGGAGGUGGUGCGCGCGCAGGUCGCGGACAAGCGCGAGAAGGCGUACGAGCGCCAGGGUAUCGGGAGCAGCUAUUUGUUCCGCAUCGACGAGGAUCUUGUGGUCGAUGCGACGAAGAAGGGCAAUCUCGGUCGGCUGAUCAACCACUCGUGCGAUCCUAACUGCACGGCGCGGAUCAUCACGAUCAGCGGGGAGAAGAAGAUUGUGAUCUACGCAAAGCAGGAUAUCGAGUUGGGCGACGAGAUCACCUACGACUACCACUUCCCGAUCGAGCAGGACAAGAUCCCUUGUCUGUGCGGCUCCGCCAAAUGCCGUGGCUACCUCAACUAG